GAAGUCAGUGUUAAAAUCGAAGCAGAAGCUGAAAAGGCAGAAUCAAAAAAUUAGACCUAAAAUAGCAGAAGCUGAAGCUAAAAUAGUCCAAGUAAAAAAUAAGUGAAAGUAACAAAACCAAGAAAAGAUAAUCCAAAGAAAUGGAAGAAACUAAGAAGAAAUUCUCGCACAUCCGUGAAAAGGUGGACUUUACAGGGGAGUUGGCCACCAUGACUCUGGAUAUGUAUUACAAGAAGCAUGUGGCCAAGAAGCGUGGGGCCAAGAAGCGUGUGGCCCAGAAGCAUGUGGCCCAGAAGCAUGUUGACCAGAGGGAUGUGGCCCAGAAGCGCGAGUUCCCGUCAUGGAAGUGGCGGCGUCAAUUCAAACGGACCCACUACUUUCGGGUCAAUGUGAAAGGGAUGAUUUGGGAGAUCGAGAAACGCAUAGAUAAUUUCCGACGCAAUAUCGGUGAACUUAAGCUAAUGAUUUAUCGUAGGAUCCAGACGAGCAUUCAGCAAAGUUUAGUCAAUCAGCUUAAGGCUAAAAUUGCCCAGCGGGAUACUUUAGUAAUGAUGGUCGAUGAUGAUGUUUUGUACGAUGAAGACUAUAUGCUUGAUUCUCUCUGGGAUUAAGUAUGAGAAAUAAGGAUCCAGCGAGCUUUUGACACAGAUGAAGAAAUCAGAUGGCUAACAUUUAAAACACUUAAUACUUAAUACUAAAAUUAAGUGCGGCUAGCAGGGCACGUCUAUACAACUCUUAGUUACUGAAAAUCUAAAUUUCAUUUCUCAAGCAAAAUUUAAGUUCAAGUUACAUAGUUAAACAGAUUUCCCUAUGUUCUAUUCAAGUUUAUAUUAAAGUUUAUUGUUUCAAGUUUA